AACUUCCAUUAGUUACUAAUUGUCACUUGUCACUUGUCAGUUUCAGAAGGCUCAACGUGAACAAAAUAGUUUCAUCAGAUUUUUCAAAGUUAAAUUACUUAAAAACUACAUAAAAAAGUAUUCAAAGAUGCCUCUAUCGUGUAGGUUUUAUCAAGAGAAAUAUCCCGAAGUGGAAGAUGUAGUAAUGGUAAAUGUGCGUUCCAUCGCCGAGAUGGGUGCAUAUGUACAUUUGCUCGAAUACAAUAACAUCGAGGGCAUGAUUUUGCUUUCUGAGUUGUCCAGACGGCGUAUUCGUUCUAUCAACAAACUCAUUCGCGUUGGCAAGACUGAGCCGGUCGUGGUCAUCAGAGUGGACAAAGAAAAGGGUUACAUAGAUUUGUCAAAACGUCGUGUAUCUGCUGAGGAUAUUGAUAAGUGUACAGAAAGGUAUGCCAAAGCGAAAGCAGUGAACUCAAUCCUUCGGCAUGUAGCUGAACUGUUACAUUACGAGAACUCGGAACAACUGGAAGAGCUGUAUAAGAGGACGGCGUGGCACUUCGAAGAGAAGUAUAAGAAGAAGGCAUCCGCGUAUGACUUCUUUAAACAGGCUGCUGUAGAUCCCUCAGUAUUGAACGAAUGUGGUCUUGAUGAAAAGACAAAAGAAGUACUUUUGGCUAACAUUAAGAGGAAACUUACUUCGCAAGCUGUCAAAAUUCGUGCGGACAUUGAGUGUGCAUGCUACGGCUAUGAGGGUAUUGAUGCAGUGAAGGCUGCCUUGAAAGCUGGUCUUUCAUUGUCAACGCCAGAAAUGCCAAUCAAAAUCAAUCUCAUCGCCCCACCUUUAUAUGUCAUGACCACAUCAACGCCCGAGAAAACGGACGGUCUCAAAGCGCUACAGGACGCGAUCGACAAGAUCAAUGAGACGAUCACAGAAGCUGGCGGUGUGUUUAAUGUGCAAAUGGCGCCCAAAGUGGUGACGGCGACCGACGAGGCCGAGCUGGCGCGACAGAUGGAGCGCGCGGAGGCGGAGAACGCGGAGGUGGCUGGGGACUCCGCGGAGGAGGACGAGGACCAAGGUAUGGGUGAUGCUGGUGCUGACGAUGAGCCACAACAGAACGGAGCGUCUGAAGAAGAAGAAGAUUGAACUGUUUCAAAUAUACUGUACACAUUGUAAUACAUAUUCAAUAUACUACAUUUUUUAAAAAGGA